AUGCAGACCUUCAAUCAACAAAACGCUCUUCCUCAAAGCACAAGCCAAGGAUUCAUGCAGCCAAUCGUUCCAUCAAUGCAGUCAGGAAGUCAAGGGCAGCAGAUGAUUAACCCUAUGACGAAUGACCCGAAUUCUGUUGAGACUUUCAAGCAGAACAUUCAAACAAUACUGGAAUACGUGAUGAGAACCCAGAACAUCGCUCGUAGUGCACUGAACGGAAUUACCAACGCCUACCACCCGGGUUCGUCGUCAGCGCAAACGCAAGCGGAUUUGGCUAAUCUUCAGCAAAAUCUUCACCUCAUAUCUGAUAUGAUGCGGCACUCAGGUGUCGGGGCUCUACCCUUACUGGCUGCACCACCAUCUCCGGUCGUUGGCCCAACGAACGAUGUUUCCAUGUCCCAAGAGCCAACACCUCCAGCUGAAGAUACUAUGGUUGCAGACGCUACCCGUUCGAUAGAGGUCUUGUAUGAUCGCCUUAGGAAGGUCCAAGAAGCGGCAGGAGUUGUAGGCAAUUUGCUGGGGUCGUCGCAAAAUCAAACGCUGGGACUCAUGGGUGGGUCGCAAGGGGGUGGUACUCCAAAUGUUCCCCCAGGUCCCGGAGGUGUGAGCUCGGGCUUUCAGGGGCGAUUGGUUAGUCGUACUGGGAGUGAUGGUAGAGGUGGAUCUCAGACCCGAUGA